CGAAGCACACAUGUUUCAGAAUCUGCCCCUUAUCCUCAUUCUGCUUGUGUAGACAUGUUGAGAGAACCCUACAAAGCUGAAACGGCCAGAGAAGCGAAAUUUGGGUAAGGAAAUCGAGAACCCAUUUGAGAGAGAGCUCAGGAUUUCCCAUUUUGAACGACGCACAUAAGAUAAGAGAGUAAAUGGAGAACAGCAACCAGCAAGCCCAGUCCUCAUCAUACCCAACAGCACAACCCCCAUUUCAUCAUCUUCUACAACAGCAACAACAGCAACUCCAGAUGUUCUGGACGUACCAACGUCAAGAGAUCGAGCAAGUGAACGAUUUCAAGAACCAUCAGCUCCCCUUAGCCCGAAUCAAGAAGAUCAUGAAGGCCGAUGAAGAUGUUCGCAUGAUCUCUGCUGAAGCCCCAAUCCUCUUUGCCAAGGCUUGCGAGCUCUUCAUUCUGGAGCUCACAAUCCGUUCAUGGCUUCACGCAGAGGAGAACAAGCGUAGAACAUUGCAGAAGAAUGAUAUCGCUGCGGCCAUUACCCGUACUGAUAUUUUUGACUUCUUGGUUGAUAUUGUUCCAAGGGAUGAGAUCAAGGAUGAAGCAGGGCUGGGUAUUUCUGGGAGUACCACCAGUGGAGUGCCUUACUAUUACCCUCCUAUGGGGCAGGCGGCGCCUGGCGUUAUGAUCGGCCGUUCCGCAUUGCCUGGAAUUGACACUGGGAUGUAUGCUCAGCCCCCGUCACAGGCGUGGCAGUCGGUUUGGCAGACGGGGGUAGAUGGAUCCUAUGGGAGCGGUGGUAGCAGUGAACAGGCUAAUCUGGACGGGCAGGGGGGACAAAAACCGGAGAUUGGUUUGUGAGUUGGGGUUCCAAAUUUCCAGAGCAUGUGAAUACCGACCAGAAAGGAUCAUGUUCAGCUGAAGGAAUGGAAAUUGAGGCUAUUCAAUUAGAACUGCAGCAAUUCAGAUUGUUUACAGGUGUUGCAAUUUGUCCACAACUUUGAAGAUUCGCCAUGGUAUCUAUUUGUCAACUUAUAUGAUUAAACAUAGAGCUAAUAGUUUUGAUUUUCUUUCAUCUCAGCAUGUGGACAGAACCUAUGUAUUAGCAGUUCAUAUUUUGGCUUAUUUUGCAUGUAAACAGAAAAUCAGGAAGCUAUGAAGUGACUAAACUAUCAUGAUUAACAACCUGUUAUUUACUAUAUGAAAUGAUGAAUGCUCCGGGUUAUUUGAUCCAA